AGCCAAGUUCGAGUCAAGGAAUAAUUUUUAACCAUGGCGGUCGAUGGAAGCAGUGGCGGAUCUAGGAAUUUUCGUCCGGUGAGUCAAAAUUGAUAAUAAAACAUGUAAUAAAUUUUUUUUACCAAACAAUCAAAUAAUAAUACUAAAAAUACAACCAAAUAUUCAAAAAGUAUAAAAUACAACCAAGUGUUCAAAUAAAUUUAUUUUUGGGUAGACUAGUGAGUGAUAUGACUCACCAGGACAACAUCCAAAUCCGCCCGUGGGUGUGUAUUAGCCCGUAAGCUAUGAACCAAAAUUUAUUAAAUAAGCCGUGAAAUUUAAAUGAAAACUAUGAACUUACAUUUAUUAAUAUAUAAUCCAUGAAAAUUAAAAAGAAAAAAAAAACACAUGGUGAAGACACUUCACGUUGAAAAGCCUGAACUUCCAAUGACUAGUCCUUUCCAAAUGUGAAAGCUUUCUAAAUAUAAAUUUUAAGCUUUUCCUCCCAUACUUGAAGCAUUAUCCUGCUUCCCUCCCUUAUAACCAACCAAACCCUUAUUAUCUUUUCCAAAGCUGGCCGUGUAUCCCCAUCAAGGCCAUCAACCUUCCUAUUCCAACGCUUCUAUAAUUCCCCAUCAAGGUUAUGACACUAGACCUCACCUACAUCCGGGGCUCAAUGGCAGCCAUCCUUUUGAGUCCUCCAAGACUCAACUUGCCCCCAAAACAUCUACUUCCAUUUCCGUCAGUUUCGUAACCCGGUCUAACGCCGAUAGGGUUCUUCUCUUUACAGAAGCACGAGAGGAAAGCUUUCAUGACUGUCUUCCUCUUUUUCUUUCAUUGUGACUACUGGCAUCUUGGACCGUCCGAAAGGGUGAUGGUUUUUUUUUUAAAAAUAAAUUGAUUUUUUUUUUGCCUCACUGGUGAGUCAUAUGACUCACCAUGACAUUAACUAGGUCCGCCAAUGGAUGGAAGGCGACUAAAAUCUUGCUGUUGAGCUUGUAGUUGACUUCUUCGAGGAGAGAGAGAGAGAGCUUCUGGAUCUCAAUUUUUUGCUUCACUUUACUGUGGCACUGGCACAAGAUGGAUGAAGCAGUUUCAGAUAGAUAUCGCUCUUUCAAGGAGAAAUAUGACCUUGCUGUUAGUGUGGAUGACAUCUUCCAAGAUCUUCAGCAACAAGCAAAAAAACUCUUUACCAAGGAGGUAGAUAUAAGUAAAUUGAUUAGUAGUCACUUAGCUACGAGGGACAAGCAUGAAUAUGGUGCUUGGCUGGAUGAUGUCAAAAAAAUAAAGCGGGAUUUUGAGGAUAUAAAAGAAAGAUACAUGAUUUCGUGCGAAUAUGGCCAAAGACUUGCUAAUUUACCUAGUAUUGUGAAGCUUUGUGAAGAGAUGAAAAUAGUAACUAAGGCAAUUGUUGCUCUUAAAGACAGGAUGAAACCUGAAACCACCUUGCCGAUGAGUAACAGUCCCUCUGAAAAGAAGUCUGUGAAUGAAUUGGAUGACAUGGAUACAUUUCAUGAUGUUGUAGAAAAGUUGUUGGGUUACUUGAGUGAUGACAGUAUAAAGAGUAUUGGGAUUUGGGGUAUGUCUGGAGUUGGCAAAACAACAAUAAUGGAAAACCUGAAAUACAAGGUUGAAAAGAACGGCAUGUUUGACAUUGUAAUAUGGGUGACAGUCUCCAAAGAAGGGAGUGUUCGUAAAAUACAACAGACAAUUGCAGACAGAUUGAAAUUGAAUGUUGAGAGCAUCUGCAGUGAUUAUCAUCUACCUUUAAUACUACGUAAUGCUCUGGAAAAAAAGAAGUAUCUUGUACUUUUAGAUGAAGUAUUUACAGAAGUUGAUUUACGUGCUGUGGGAAUUCUUCGUAGUCAUGAGCAUGGAAAAAUUGUCUUGGCUACUAGAUACAGAUCCUUAUGUGAUUUGAUGGAUGUAGAUGAAGAUAUCAAAGUGGAGAGGAUGAGCAGAACAGACGCUUGGAAACUCUUCCGAAAGAUUGCUGGUGAAGCAGUAGAGCAUCCAACUAUCAGGCCAAUAGCUGAACGAGUACUGAAAGAGUGUGGAGAGCUGCCACAGCUGAUUAAAGUUGUGGCAAGGAUGCUCAAAAACAAAUUUAGUGAAGAUUUAUGGCUGAAAAUAUUGUCAAAGUUGCAAUCACCAUCAGAUCAUCAGCUGCAGCCCAUGGAAGAAAUGUUGAAUGUUUUCCGACUAGUGUAUGAUGGAUUAGGUGACAAUCUGAAGCGUUGCUUACUAUAUGGAGCAUCAUUCCCUGAAGACCAUGAGAUUUGCCAACAUUAUUUAAUAGAGUGCUGGAAAGCCGAAGGUUUGAUUGCUAAGACGCACAUGUUUUCAAAGGCACGCCAUGAAGGAAGAAUUUUACUGGAAACUCUCAUAGAGAAACACCUUUUUGACAGGUGUAAGAAGGAGUUUGUGAAAAUGCCUCUCAUGUUCCGAAAAAUGGCACUCAAGUUAGUUGAUACAGAUACUAACUGGUCAUUGCUGGUAAGGCCUGAUGAAAAGCUAGGGUAUCCUCCAGUUGAACAAUGGAGAUGUGCCCGAGUAAUUUCUCUGAUCCGCUGUAACCUACAGUGCUUACCUGAAAAGCCUGAAUGCUAUACACUCUCUACAUUGUUCCUCCAGCAAAAUCAAAUGCUAACCAGUAUUCCACCAUCAUUCUUCCACUUCAUGCCUUGCCUCAAAGUUUUGGACUUGUGUGGUACAGGGAUCACUUCAUUGCCAAAUUCUAUUACCGAUUUAACCAACUUAAGGGGGCUGUAUCUUAAUAAUUGUCAACAAUUGGCAGCAUUACCCAAAGAAGUUGGUGAACUCAAAAAUCUCGAAGUACUUGAGAUAUGUCAAACUGGUCUUUGUAGUUUGCCUUCUGAUAUUGGAGAAUUGACCCAACUUCAGUGCUUGAAAGUCUCCUUUAUGAGUUCUAUGAAUCAAGAAAAUCCUGAUAUGGACUUGAUCCCUUCUGGUAUGGUAAAGAAGCUUUGCUUAUUGCAGGAAUUAGCAAUUGAUGUUGAUCCUCUCGAUACAAGGUGGAAUCAAAUAGCAAUUACGAUUGCUAAAGAGGUAGCAACCCUGUCGAUGCUGAAUAAUCUUUCUUUCCGCUUUCCUAGCUUGAAAUGCUUGGAAGCUUUUAUUGCAAACAGUAGUUCCUGGAACAGCAGCCAAUUUCCUCUUACAGAUGAGAAAUUUAGAUCCUUCCGACUAACAGUUGGUGUCCAUGUGGUGAAUCAACUACAUCAGUUGGACAUCUCAAAAUGCCUGGCUAAACGGCAUCUCAAAUAUUUUGACGGCAAAGACAUUUCUCAUGCAAUCAAGGAUGUUCUUAAACGAGUUUGUGCAUUUGAGAUGGUUGGUCAUGAGAGUGUCAAAAAUUUGUCAGAUUUUGGAGUUGAAAACAUGGAGUGCCUGGAAAUUUGCAUCAUUGAAGAGUGUGAUAAAAUUGGAAAAAUUGUGGGUGUCGAUGCACCUAUGGUUGUUUUGUAUCCCUGGCUGAAAGAGCUUCAUCUAUCGAAACUUCAGAAAUUUGAGACUCUCUGGGAGGGAUCAGUCUUGCCAGGAAGCUUUGCAAAGUUAAAUACUCUUACACUGUAUGACUGUGCAUAUGUGAAAAGGCUGCUCUCCAUUGAAAUGACCAAGCAUCUCCGAGACCUGCAAUACUUGAGAAUUGAGAGAUGCUCUCAGCUUACUGAAAUAAUUGCAGCUGAGCAUCCAGAGCUUGCCUUGUCUCUGAUGGUGGACUCAUCUGGCACGCUUCCUUCCCUGAAAAAGCUGGAACUCAUUGGUUUACCAAGUCUUGUCAGCAUCUAUGGUGAUAAUUCAUUUGAGUGGCUUUCUCUUCAAAGAAUCGAAAUCAUUGCAUGCGAAAGGUUGACUGUAUUACCUUUCAGUGGUACAAAUGCAUUGCAAUUACAAUCCAUUCACUGCGGUGAAGCUUGGUGGGAAGCACUGGCAAUGCAGCAUGAAGUGAAAGCUCGGCUACAUGAACAUUGCUGUUUCAUCUGAUGAUAUCAUGGAAACUUUCUGCAGCCUUCUUUCAUCUAUGCAAAUUGAAAUUUCUUUCAUAAGCCCUUGUUUAUCUAAACUGCUAUGCUAACUUCAGCUAUCACAUCCUAAUAAUAUGCUCGUUGUGCUGACUUGACGACUAUGAGAACCCUCAAUCAUGAGUAUAUGUUUCUGCUUUCUGAGUGCUCACUGUGAACUGCUGUCUAAUGCCCGCUACAUAUGGAGAAAACCUACCUCACAUCCAUCUACACCUCAUUUGAAUCCACCAGCAUUUCAUAUAGCUCUCUGUCGUGUUGCCGCUGCCAGCCUCACUUUGUUUCUCAGCCUCAGGGGACAUCCUUUGGAAGCCAUGAUCAUGGCUGCUUAGUUUUUCUCCUACAUGCUUUCUGUUCUAUUGCUCCAUCACCACCAUCAUCAUUCAUCUUCUUCCCCAUUCUCCGCAGUCAUAUUUAUCAAGCCUGUUGUCAUGCUCAAUAUGUAUGUGGCAUCAGCAGACAAAUUAGAAGCACUCCAUAGCAGCUCUUUGGACAAGAAGAUUAUAAAGUGUGAAUAUUUAAAGACACUUCGAAGUGAACAGAAGAUUUCAGUCCAAGAUAUCCUUGUUUUCCCCAUACAUUAAGAUCCUGUCACCUCGCCAUAUCUACUGUUAACAUCAAAUGAGGACCAUCCAAAAGAAAACUGUUCACAUCAAAUGAAACACGAAGGAAAGAAAGGGCAUACUGUGCUGAUUCUUAACUAAAGGCAUGUUUGGUCCAAGGCUGGUUAAAUUAAGUGCUGUUCUUCAGGUAGCUUGCUUCUUACUAUUUACGAACUGUAUUUACUUGGUCUAUUGGAUUCUUUACUGAUGAUUCAGAUAAAAUCUGAAUGAUGUUCAAUUUGCUGGAAAGAAAGAAAAAAAAAAAUAGAGUUUCUGGCAGACAUUAUUAAUACUUUCCCCUCACCUUCCACGCACUCCUAAAGACCAGCAAAUCAUAUUCUUGUAGGAAGAAAUAAGAUUAUUGUGAUUUUCCAAAGAA